AUGCACAAUCGAAAAACUGAAAUUUUCGAAAAUCUCACCAGGUCGCCAGAUCCUACAUGCAACACGCCAAGUGCCAAAAUUUUGAUUCAUUCGCCAGCCUCGGUUUAUGAAAAUAGCUCAAGUCAAGACCAAUUUGACGAAUCAACUCCGUUGAAACGACGCUCACUGCUGCCUCAUUCUGCUGGGCCGAGUAAGCAUCUUUCCCCUCGGGCUGCUGCGGCGGCGGCGGCGGCUAUUCAACAAACAAGCGGUGGCGUCUUUUCUCUUAGCACGCCCUCACCUCUCAACAGCGUUGGUUCGACUAAUUCUUCGCCGCAUUUUCUUUCUCCUGGCUCAAUUAAUCCAAAUCGUCCUACUUUUCCACUGUACACACUUGAAAAUGGUGGCCGAAGUCGCUACGAUUGGAAAAGCCCUUACAAUCCAGAGUACGCAAGAGGGCUGGCAUUUGUCAGGGGAACAAGCAUGGUGAUGGCGCGAAGAGGUACUCGCCCGCCAACAGGAGGACCCGUCACUCGACGAUCAGUCACAAAAAAACAAAAAUCUUCCAAUGAUGAGCCGAAGACGCCACCUCGAAAAAUUCCUGGUCCGCUUGAGCUAGGUUUUGGAAAAGAUUUUUCCGUUUAUGAAUUUAAAAACACUCCUCUCGAAGAUCGUUUUCCGCCUCCUGCACCUUCGGCGGCUCAAAUGGCUGCGGCUCUGGAAGCUUCAAAGACGACUUCGACAGAUAAUCUCUACCGUCCUUAUCGUCCUUUGACUCCUCAUCCUACAGCCACGGUGACGACUAGAAGUACAAGUAGAGCAACUCGUCGUCUCGAUUUUGGCCCGAGUCAAGAGCCGAUAAAUCUUUCGCUUCCAAAGUCGGCUGAUCAAUCGCGCAAACGUAAGCGAGAUAGCGAUUGUGAAACGCCUCGUGGCGGCGAUGAGGAUGGUGACACUGCUGAAGACGACAAAAUCGUGGAAAAUGAUUCGCCGCUUGAUUUGACAACCGCUGCUGCUGGUGGUGAUUCAAAAGUUUCGAGCGGUUCUGAAUCUGAAACUUGGAGCCCUUCUUAUCCAGUCAAGAUUCCGGUCACGGACCGAAGAAACAAAUCAAGACGGCUUGUGACUCAAAAGGAGAAAACACCUAUCGUCCAGCAGUGCCGUACGGCGGCCGUACGACACCAGCAGCAGCAGCAGCAGCAGCAAGAUGUCGAGGAUCAUUCGCCAAAAAAGGAAACAUUUAUUCCUUGUAUGCUCAACGUUCACCGAAAUGAAAAGGGUCAAUUCGCUAGUAAUGAUUCAACUCCCAAAAAAGCUUCACUUCGCAAUUUGGCAAAGAAGAGAGCGCGCGCUCGAUUGGAUCCGAAGCGAGUUACAGAGUUUGACACUCUUCCAGCCUGUCCAAAAGUUCCACUUUUGACAAAUAAAACGUCUGAUGUCGAGCCGUACGGCACCGCCGAGCCGUAUGGCACCGGUUCAAAAAUGGCUUCAGCAAACAAGUCGAUCGAAAUCGAUGUGUCUGGGUUGGAUUCAAUUGCUGAAGAUGAGCUUACUUCUGGGGAGCGGCUCAAAUUCAUGAAAAUCUACGCGCAUGCUGUUACUGGACGCCGCGGAAUUGUUCCAAUGUUGGGCGACACAAAUAUGGGACAUUAUUUGCGUCGGCUUUCUUCAGAAUUUGCACAGAAUUGGCAAGUCUAUGGAAAUCCUCAAAAGAAAGAUGCGACAACGAUUUUGGCGCAAAUGAACUGGGAUUGUUUCCGAGCCGAUCGCAUUGGUCCUCCACAGUACUAUUCUCUUGACGCUGAACGAGCGGCAAUUUUGUUGCUUAUGGGCUUUUGCCCUUGUUCCCAGGAUCCUCAUUAUGCUUCGACCGUUGUCGCAUUUCAAGAGAAUUUGUUCAACAGCGGCGUUGCAAAACGAUUAAACGAGCCUCCAUCUGCUGUUCAAAUGGAAUUCGUCUACGAUCGCCUCGAAGUUUAUCUCCAUCGACUCGCCAUAGCUUCAGUGGAGCGCGAUAUCUUUGGACAAGUGGACGGAUCUUCUGUUGCCCAGAUAAUUGAAAAACGAUUUCAAUUUAUGGGAGCUGCUCUCGGCGAUUACUUUCAUACGACGCCUACAAUUGAAGAUGUGAUUCCUCAGCCAACGCAAGCAGGUGAAACUGACAUUGACGAAUGUGCUCUAACAAUCGACACAUCGUUGACAGAAUGCAAUCCGCCAAUGUCACCGGCUCUGGAAAAUGUGCUCGAUUCGUUGCCCACAAUCUUCAGAUCUGGCCGAAGUUACAUGCGCCCCACAAAAGAGCUGCUGAUGCGGCUUACAUUUGCACAAUCUUUUCAACCGUUUACAGAAAAUCCACAUAUGAUGGAAUUGUGCCAAGACGCCCCUUCUGGUAACAUCGUGGUGAGCGACGAACGAGAGCUGGAGAUUUUGGCUCAAGAGGAAAAGCUCAAAAUGGCAACACAGCGAGUUAUCGACAAGGAGCAGCGAAAGUUUGAUCUUGAGCACAAAAGAUACAAGGCUCGAGUCGAACACAAGCGGCGCAAGCGCGAAAAGGCAGAAAAACGAGCCAAAGCCAAGUACGAGAAGCGCAAAACCAAACUGGACAUGAUUCGAAACGCUGCUGCUGCUGCUGCUGCCGUACGGCCGCCGUACGGCACCACCGGCACUCCUACAACUUCUGGUGGUGAUGAAUCGCUGACACCGUCAUUUCAGACACCUCCCACCGCUCAAAAUCGCUCUGUUCCGGCUCGAGUUUUUCCACAGCGACUCGAAAGGGAAUCGUUUCGAUUGUCAACAAAAUUAUCGCCAAGGGAAAAAGACGCCAAAGUGACUGCUGCCGCUGCUGCUGCUGAUCAAUCUUCUUCCUUUGACGAAUCUGACAUUAUUCGUCAAAUUGACAAUGCCAAAACUCCUUCUCCACCACUAUCUAUGCGACGUCGCUCGCCAUCCUGCUCUGCUCUUAAUACGCCAGUCGUUGUCGCUCAUGCUGCCACUGCAGCUGCUGAUUCGAGUCAAAAUUGGUCAUACUCGAUGCCGGAUCUUAGCCAAGCCUACAACACUUUUGUUCGACCGACGGCUUUUGGCAAGCUUCUCGACGUCGCAUUUCCAGCCACCACUGCCGCCACUGAUGAUGAUGAGCAGCCACAAUAUGCAUCAACUCCAGCAAAAAGAAUACAGGCACUUGGGGCGCAGAGAAUUUUUUUAUAUUACCGCCCAUUCUCAGACAAUCUCAACUCUGUCGGCACAACAAUUUCUCGCUCUUCUGAGCCUCCACCACUGACAGAGUUUGAUGGCGGCGCACUCUUGAGCGACGAAGAAAUUCAAGAAGACGACAGUGUUUUCAUUGAAGACGACGAAGAUGCUUCUUUCCAGUUUGGACCUUCGUCGCCAAAUCGCCCGAAGCGCGAGCGUAAAAACCAGAUAGAUUCACUCAUUGACUGCGGGAGGAUCAUUAGAUCCAGAUGUGCUGGAAUCAAUUACAAUGAACAAUUCACCGACGAAUGCGACUCGGAGAUCGCCUCCAUUCUCAACACAGCAGCACCAGCGGCAAGUGGCGGUACGCGCACCUGUUCCGGGAUGGAUCAUCCGAGCGGCGGAACAUGCACUCGAAUUUGUAACAAGGGGGCGAGUGCGAGCGAAUCACAGCAACAGCGGCGCGGGCUUGGCCGUACGGCAGCCAUACGGCAGCCGAACGGCACCGGCGAAUCGAUGGCAGCGGGGAGUCAAUGGAAGCGUACAGCCUCCGCCGAAUGUCCGAGCGAUUCAAGCAAGAACAGGGAGCACAAGAGGCUUCGUUUCGGCGAAUCAGAAUCCAUUGGAUUCGAUCCGAAGCGAUCCACCACCGAGAUACAGCACACUCUUUCCACCAAGGGAGGAUCCACCACCAGCGUACAAAUCACCGUCACCUCCGCUUCAAGUCACGAUCAACAACAACAACCGUACCACCCUACCACGAGCAAAAGGACAAGUGAUAACACCAGAGGAAUGGUCUUCAACGAGUUCAUCGGAGAGCGAGGAAGACAGCGAAAAAGCGCAAAAGAUGAGAGAACUGCGCGAACAGAAAAUGAGUCGAUUUCACGAAAGACUCAAAAGGCUCAGUAUUCACAAUCUACGAGUUCGACAUCGGAUGCGCAAUCGCCGGGGCGGCACUCUUCUUCAUCGUCAACCCGCGAUGCGAUUGCCCGCUCCCGCAACGGACGAGAAGGAAGAAUCCGAAAACGAGAGAAAACGGUCCAGCAGUGCCGUACGGCCCAGCAGUGCCGUACGGCCCAGCAGUGCCGUACGGCCCAGCAGCGGAUCGAGCAUCAGCGAAGACGAGUGGCGUCGAAGGUGCGAAGCCCGUAUCCCCGGUCAAUCGGGCACAUCAGAAGAAGAAGACGAAAGUGCACCAGCACCGAGUCAGAGUCUGACCACUCAGACCGCCGAGGUAGAUCUAGAUUCCGAAGACGACAGCGACGAGGACGUGGAAGAUCUGCCAGUGAUGACAAGCCCAGGCCCGGCGGCGGUGCCGUACGGCUCGGCGGCGGCGGGUCAAAUUGUACUACAUCGAGAAGCACCAGCCGAACUGAGAAUCCUUUCUUACCAACAAAAUCGUCUCUCUGCUCUUCAAGUAUUUUUAAUCCGUCUGCGAGUUUGUUUGGAACUCGGUCAACAACGGAAACAACCAUCAAUAACGAUUAUGAUGUCGAUCGCAGAAAUCUUUCUCUUUUUGGCUCAGCUGACUCUCACCCUUGUCCGCCUGGGACUUCAAAUUCAAGACGAAGAGUAAGCAAAAGCGCUCCACCACCGCCACCGCCAUUGACCACAAUUCUCACCCACGGCCCAAACAUUUCUCAAGACCGUCAAGAAUCUGAAUCGUCGCGCGAUUAUGACGACAGUGAUGGCGAUGAAUCAGGCAAUGAAAUUGUCGAUACAAAAAUCUCUUCAAAUCCCUUUCCCUCACCUUGGCUAAUAUUCGAAAGAGCUUUUUAUCACGACAUGGAGAAAAAUGUUGGCCUUUUUAAAGAUUCGUCAAUUAACUUUGCCGAUGAAAAUUAUGUUUCGCCUCGAUUUCCAAAUGGAAAAGCUGUCCGAAUCGGAAUGGCAACUCCUUCUUUCGAAAAAGUUUUACUGAUGGGUGGUUUUAACGAUCUUCUACCCGAGAAUCUCUCAAAAUUCGUAUACUUUGACGAAGAGUAUGUGAAAAAAUCGUGUCUCAAGGCGUCCACAUGCGAGAAAUGGCGACUGGCGACUCUUGAAUUCUACCACUGUUUGGCAGAUUUUGCAUUUACAUUCCAGAGGAAGCAAACAAAAGUCCCAGAGCACACAAGCAUCCGCAUAUACUCAAAGAGCGUAUGUAGCAUGCAUUUACCCGAACCGUUGGAUAAAACGCCACAACUCGAGGAUUAUGGACGCGAUUUGACCAAAUCGAUGAUCAACUUGUUUGAAUACGCCGCCGAUACGAGCUACAUGGCAAUCAAAAGUGACGACAAUUUCAAUCACGACAAGCAAGAUGUCUAUCAAGUGCACUUUUUUAUUCCGACCUCUUCCGGUACUUGGAAUUGUUGA